AUGGCGACUUCUUCCAGGCCAUACAAACUUACCACGCUUGUCAGGCGGAGAUCCGACAUUACUGAACAAGAAUUCCACAAGUAUUGGUCUGAGAAACACCCAAUCGUUGUCAAUGACUGGCUUGCAAGACAUGGUGUGGUCAAAUAUGUCCAGUACCACACACCAUUAGAGCUCAGAGAGCAAUGCAAGUUCGGUCAGGGCUCAAGUCAGAUAGCUGAAUUCGAUGGUUACGUUGAACUUACUGUUCCAAACAUCGAAGUCUUGAAACGUGCUUUCGAUGAUCCCUUCUACAAGUUGCAUGUCGCCCCCGACGAGGCUGUUUUCAUAGACGCUCAAGGAACGCGCCGUACAUUUGGCUACGAAGAGGUAUACAUCAAGGAUGGAGAGGUCAAAAAGUAG